CGGCCGCGCGCGCUCCGACAAGCAUGUGUUUCGCGUGACGCGCUCCACUACUUCCGCGCGGCACGUUCGUUUUCGUUGGCAAGUCGAUCGUGGCAUGGCUCCGCGACGGCAAGGCGCCACCGGCGAGCAUGAGGCGGAGGAGGCUCGCGGGUGCUGCGUCCCCGGCGAGUGCCUUCGCCCCCGGGAACCGGUGCGUAUCGAAGAUGCCGUGCGCGUGCUAUGCAACAACGACACGUGCGCCGCCGGCCGGUACAUGCACCGCGAAUGCUUCGAGCAAUGGGAAGGUGGAGUUCUCGCUUAUCUCAAAUCCUGCGGCCGAGCGCGCUCGUGGUCUGAACGCCAGAGGCAUCAGAAUUUAUGGACCAAGAAAGGGUACGAUCUGGCUUUUAAGGCUUGCGGCUGCAGGUGCGGCAGAGGGCACUUGAAGAAAGAUCUGGACUGGGCACCUCCGGGAGCUGCGAUUCGCGCUGAGGAGGAGAAGAAGCGUCGCCGGCGCACGCGGUCGGGCCGCACGCCGGCCGCGGCUGACGGCCGCUCGCGCACCUUCAGCCUGUCCAGCUCGGGCUCGUGCUCGCCGCCAUCAGCGCUCUCCGAACCCUCGGCCAGCCCCACUCACGCCCCGACGCACGCCGUCACUCCGGCUAAGAAGAUAUCCAAACCAGAAAUUGUUUCCGACCGGAUCAGAGCCGGCGCUGGCGCCAACGGAAUAUUUUCCCGAAGGCUGGACUUUUCUACUUUCAAUCUGCUACCGAAGCACAAAGUCAACUCAUAUCAAAUCAAGAUUGAGGACGAGGGCAACCAUGGCAACGACGACACGCGGCUAUUCAUCCUGUCGACGCUGGCUGGACAGCACAAGCCUAGGGUGACCUGCGCGCUCUGCAAGGAGACCCUGCAUGUCUUCGACCGGUAUCCACUGGUCGAUGGGACUUUCUUCUUGAGCCCGCGCCAACAUAACAGCGGCGCUGUUGAGGUGAAAGUGGAAGGUCGCACGCAAUACCUGACGUGCGUGUGCAUGGGCUGCCUGGAGCGGUGCGACCCUGAGCGCACCAUCCGCUGCCGGUUCUGCGGACAGAAGUGGGACGGCUCCUCGCUGGUGCUCGGCACCAUGUACUCUUAUGAUAUCUUCAUGGCUACGCCGUGCUGCGCUGAAAGAUUGAAGUGCAACAACUGCUUCAAAGCCCUGCUCCACCCACAGCAGCGGCUAAACUAUUCCGACUACUCGCACCCAGUGACGUGCCCGCACUGCCGCGUGCUCGACACCCACUUCGUCAAGCCGCUCAGCUACUGCUUCACAAAGAGGGCCUUCCCGCUGUUCCAGCAGUGGCCAUAACAGUCGGCGGUGCCAGGAGGCUCUCCUGGCACCCCCCCUGCUUCCGACACGUGGGGCCUGGCGCCGUCGCCUCCGCGCCGCGCCUCCCCGCCCGCGCUGCGUCCCGUCAUCAACACUAGCAUGGCCUCCCGCUCACAAGACCCGCCCGCUGAAGAACCCGCUACCAAGUACCUCGCGCCUACCCUCGCGAGCCUCACCGAGUCGUUGUCCCUGCUAGGAGUCAGCCCCGAAACGCUGGCCAUGAGCCUGGGCGAAUCGCUGGCCGAGCGCUAUUUGGCCACGCUGCGCCCCAAGCCCGUGGAGCGCACGGUGGAGCGGCCCAUGGAGCGGCUGGGCGGCGGCUGCGGCAUCCCGCGCCGCACGCCGCUCGCAGAGCCCUCGCUGCAGCUGUUUUCCAACGACUUCAUCGACUACUUGAAUCAGAUUGCUUAAUCCUGUGCUGUGCUGGAUCUGACGCGCCGAUAGACUUUUCUGUGUUGCGAUGUUUGUUUCUUGAACUUUAACUGCGUCCGAUGACGCUAGACAUAAUUUCUGUUAAAUUAAGUUGGUAUUAUUGAUAAUAAUUUUAUGUGUCAGUUUAGAUUGUACUAUUGAUUUUAUUUUAAUUUUAUUUUGCACUUUGUUGAUUGGGAGUUGAUUUUUUAACGAAAAUAAUAAUUAGCGGUUUAGUGAUGCCAGAAAUUGCAUUUUUUGUUUCGGAUCAAUCUUAAAUUGGGAAGUAUAUUUCCAUUUGGAGAAGUAAACGGCGUGAGUUUUAAAUUAUUGAUUACCUUGUAUUUCAGUGAUACUGAUGACCCUAUCUGAUAGGGGCGUUCGCGUGGAGUGUUGUUUAGUUCAAUUUAGUUUAUUAGUUAUGUUUUAUUUUAGCAAAAUUUUAAACCUAACUUAAGUGUUAUACAAUAUUUUCGUAGGUUUAUUGUGAACUUUUAUUUCCUCCCACCAAAUGGCACUUUGCAGUGUAAGGGAAGUCUACUUCUGCUGAAGAUGCCAUGUUAGGUUAUCGUCUUUAAUAUCAGUUUCAUUUACUUAUUGUAUUUUCACAUACAUACCUUAUUUAAACAGUAAUGGUAGAGGAUUUUAAAUGUAAGUACCUAAUUGCUGUGUCACCAAUAAUAUGAUUAGCCUGUCUAUAUCUAUGACUUACAUUUAUUGUAGGCUUAUGUAAUGUCGAAUUGUUGUUUUACAUAGGUUUCUAAAUAUUUAUAUCUCAUUGAUUAACGGACUGCAUGAGGAAUUAUAAAAAAAAUAUUCAAAUAUAAACUUUUUGGAAUAGUGCCAUAUCAGUUGAAAGAAGGUGAAAUACUCCUUUGGAAUAAAAUUUUAAAAAAAGUGAAUACCGUUAAUCAUUGAGAGAAGUUUAAUUCUUAACAAAGAAUAAACGUUUUUUUUUAAUACUAUCGUCUAUACGUUUGGCUAUCUGAAUAGUUUAGGUUUAAGGGUUUUUCUUAUUAUCAUGAAUGUCUAUUUAUUUGUAAGUGAAUAGCGCUUCGACAUUUACUAAGCGUUUAAGUGAUGAACGGACUUACUCAGUAACUGUUUAAUGUUAAUGUUUUAGGUAAGGUUUUUAUACAUUUGAUACUUAUUACUCGCAAAGUGAUUACAAGUGAUAAUUCUUAGUAAUAGUGCGUGUUUAGCGAUUAAUGAAAUAUAAUAACAACUAAAAAGUGGUGCGGAUAGUUAGGCGAUAGGGGAGUAUACAGAUAAAGUGAUAAAAUGAGCGGAUGUCCGCAAUGUUAGGCAAUAAUUCUAAUGAAGACUUGACACUUUUUAUAGGUAAAAAUUUUUCGCAUUAUCCUUCUUAAAUCGAUACUGCCAUUUACAUUUUACUAAUCUAAUCGAUACAUUGCCUAGUUCUGUCAAAAUUCUUUGGUCUGACUGUUGGUAGUUUUUGAUAUAUUUUUUAAACAAUAGAUCAACAAAAAUAUUUUGAUAAAACAUUCUUUAAAAAUCAUGCCAAAAAAAUAACGUACUAAAUAAAUAUUGCUCUACUCAUGUCGAUAUUCCCAACUCAGACCACAAAAUCAAAACUAGGUACUGUAUUUGUUCUUUUUUUGGACUGACUACGACUAGUUAGUGCUGUUGUGUAGUUAUAGGCUCACCUUCAUAACACAUCACGCCAUCAUCCGCAUCACUGCACCUCAUUACGUCAUCGUCAUCACGGCACGGUUUGAGUGGACGGCAGACUGGCUUCUAUGUCCACACACAUAAGGUUCAAAUUUCAACAGCACGGACACGCUUGUUAAGUAUUUAUUGAAAGCUUUAGAUUUCCAUUUUUAGCUAUAAGCUAUCACUGUCUAGCAUUUAUUCAGUAGUUUUUUUAAGACUGGAAAAGAUCCAAAGAUAGCUAAAAUAUAUUGAGCUCCCGUUUAAGGAAAUUUAGUAGAAUCAACCUCGCAUAGUAAAAUAAACUCGCUAACACAGUUUGGCAGCUGCUUUUACGCUUUAAAAUUAUUCAAUUAUUAGAAAUUAACGCGGACAUAAUAAUAAAAAUCAUCAAUUUGAGCUUUCAUAAAAUAUUUAACGAUGCAAUGUUGAUCGUCGCUUGCGCACAUCCGUCGGACUAUAGUCGCCGGUCGCCUUGUGUGGUUGUAAUACCUCUUACAUAUUUUUAUAUUAGUAUCCUCUGCUUAAAAGUUAUUCUAAGAUUUAAAAUAUAUCUCAGACAAGACAUUUAUCAUAGCAUGGCGUAAUAUUUGUAAAUAUGCCGUUUAUUCUACUACACGCAGAUGCUUAACAAAAAGUAUUUAAUGAGAUAUUAUUGCAUAUUUCUAGUUUAGCAGUAAAUCGAUAGUACAUAAUUUCAAUAAUAUCAAAGAUCCCUACUUAUUUUAAAGCGUUCCGGCCGCGACACGAACACACAACAUAUGUUAAUCAAUUUUAAUUUUAUCGAAGUUUGCUCGUUCGAAUAUAGAAUUAUAUUUAAAAGUUUAAAUAUACAUUUAAAUAAAUGUAUGUAUCCAAUAAAGUAUUUGAAAAAAAAAAAGAUUAAGACGAGCUGUUGUUGGUAUAUUUAGAAAAAUAUUAAAAAUGAACCAGAUCAUCUGAUGGUGGCCAUGUACAAAAGUAAGUGUGGUGCGUUCGUGCCGCGAGCUCGCAUAGUCGACACAAAUUAUAAAAUCAUAUUGUUUAAUAGUCAAAUACAGAGCCAUCUAUGUAGAUGUAUAAUCAUAGUAGGUACUACGUUUACGGUGACUCAUCGAAAGUAUCAAGUCAUUGACUCCCCCCUCUAUCCGGUACAAAAACAAAGUAUUUUCAAACGCCAUAUUGAAAACAAAUUCCAAUAAGACGUUUAUAUCAAAGUUCUCUGAAUCAAUAAUAAGGCUGUUUGUUUCAUAUUUUAUAGAUAUUUCAAUAUUGAUGAAUCUUUGACAAACAUUACCUCUUUAGAUACAAAAAAAAAUAGUAAAUUAUAGUGUCAAGCAGAGAGGUUCCAGAAAUUGUGUUAAGAGAAUAUUUACAGUUAUGAGUCGCAGUACACACAGUGACAAAGUUGUGUACUCGACUGCGAAAAUAUACAAUCCAGAGUAAAUGUUUAUCGUAGCCACUGAAAAAUAAUAUCCUGGGAUUCAGCUCUGUCGGACCUCAUAUCGUGGAGCAGUUGAACAUUUUACAGUAUUUGUCCCGUUUUAUUUGAAAUGAUAUGAGUAUAUCUUCAUUUAUAGCUCCCCUACAAAUUGAGCUCUUUUAGAGUAUGUUUAUUAUUUUGAAGAUUUUAUUGACACUUCAAAGGUUGUAUAGAUAAUUGAAUAGUACACAGAUGUACGUUCAUCUGGACAAUAGUUCGGUCUUUCCUAACUUUCGUACACAAACGAUACAUAAUCUGAAUAUGUGUUUGAUUAUUCAUAUUUUAGACACUUAGUUACUUGUUCAGUUUUAAUAAUAAAUGUAAUUAACACAAACGUUGCCAACUUUCUUAGUUUAUUUGCACAUAUUUGUUAAAUUUUGUAAUUAAUGACAAUUUAUUUAGAAACCGACAUUCGAAUUUCUUCAUGUUGAAUUUUAAUGUGGUGUAAUUUAGUGAAUUGCUUAAAAGUACAAAGAAACAAUUUGUUACUUUUGCAAAUUUUAUAAAGUAAAUCAAAUACAUACCUAUUAAAAUUAACCCUCAUCUUAGGUAAUCUUUAUGAAAUAGUUGCUGUAAUCCUAAUAUAACCGCAAUUGUUUUUGUUUGACAGAAUUAUGUAAUAUUAACAGUUUUAUUGGUUUUUAUAAUAUAAAGGAAUUUUGUUUUAUGUUCGUUAAAAUUUAGGAGCAAAAUUGUUACUUAUUAUAAAAAAAAAAAAAACUAUAAUUAUAUUAUAUUAUUUUGAUCUUCAUUACUUUAUGACACGUAUUUUAUCGAAUGCUAUACUUAUUAGAAAUCGUACAUUGUACCUCUAGCACUCAAUAAGUAGGACUACAUCGUCGGCAUAAUACGUCUCGCUUUUGAAUAUAGAUUUAAUCAAAUCUUAUUUCCACUGUAGUUCUUAUUUAUAGUCGUAGGGUUUUCUUUCAUUAAUAAUAAUUGGUAUGAAUGUGGAUGAAUGUCUGUGGUCACACUUAUAAUUAAGUUUAGUCAUUGUCUUGUUCUCUUCAUUGUAAUGAUUAUCGGUAAUGGUAAUCUCGUGCCAAGCGAGUAUUGUUAUUAUGAAUGGUGUACAUUCUGGUCAUAGGUGGUGCACUCGCGCCCAAGUAUGUGAAAUUAAAUUAGAAAUUUUCCCGUGAUAUGUAACGUAUAUUAAACGCACUCGGUGUUAUGCCUGCCUUCGUCACUGCCGCUUUUGACAUUAAAUGUUUAACGGUAGACGUCGCGUGUCCAAUGCGUAACGUUCUGUUGUACCGACCGAAUAAAAUCACAAUUAAACCGCAAAUCUAGCGAUGGCAUGUUUAUGUCUCUAUAAUUCCAAUAAUAAAUGCUACCAGAGCAUUGGUUGCUACUAAACACAAAGGAUAAUGACUUAAACAGUAAAAUCUCUUUGCAAUAAAUUCAACAGAACUUUAUGAGAAGGGCCGUGCAGCAUUUCAUUGAUAUUUUUAUAGGAUGUCGCUUUUAUAUCUCGCGUAAGGUAAAACUGAAGGCAGACCCAGGUCCGAGGCAGGUUAUCAAUGUGACAUUCAGCAUCCAAUGAUACCCGGCGUCCAUAAGCUCAAAAUUUUCCAAAACGCAUGGCUGAUUCUAGUAUACGGCUGUUAUUGGUUAGUGAAAAAGAUGCAAAUCAAAAACAUGUUAAUUAUAUUUUGAUACUCGAUGUUUUCUACACUAAUGUAGUAAGUUCGUAUUAAUCUUUUGUAUUAACUUGUAUAGGUAGGGUUAACGUCGCGCUCGUUCGCAUUUAGUAGUUGAGACGGACCAGUAGGUAAGUCUGAUCAAUUGUAGUUCGGUCGGUUUAUUUUUAUACUGAAGCGGGCCAGUUCAAGUAAAUUGCUCUCCAAACUAUCAAAUGCGAUACGAUUGUGAAAGGUGAUAUUACAUUACAGUCAUUAGGCUGUAGGCGGACGAGGCUGCCUCGGCGACCCCGGCGUACGCGCGUACGGUGUAAGUCAAUACAAGUUAGUUAGCCGACAGAACUCUCGCGAAAUCGGACUCCGACGUCCAAUCCGGAGCAUUUUGUACGCACAUGUAAAAUUGGUGAUAAAGUGACGAAUUGGUUAAUGAUAAUAACUAAGUUAUUGCGUAGCAAUUAGACUAAACGAUUAUACUACGUAAUGCGCGGGGUACAUCAGGGUAUGAGUGUCAUAAUUUGUAAUAACUAAAACUUUUGUACUUUCGUAACGGUAACGAGUAAUUUAGUAAUAAACUUUUUCUAUUAAUAUGUAUAAUGCAUAAAUUAAACAUCAAGUAAUAUACUUUUUUUACUGGAAACGUAGAUGUAGUAUUUUUGUAAGACAAACGAGACUCGAUCUCGUACGUGUAUCACAGCGAUAAUAGGUAUUGUGUAAGACCGAUUGUCCGUCCAACGCUGAGAGGCAAUCUUGUCGGAACAUCUCCCAUCUAUUUCAUAUGGAUUUCACGAGAACUGUCUUCAAGAUUGUAUCUUAACAUUUGACGAACAGCUCUAAGGUCAUCGUGUAAUUAGGCUAGUAAGUCUUUAAAUAUUUGUGCAUUUUCUAUUUGAUUGGAUGCUUUGUAAAAGUCACUCUAAUUGGAUACAUUUUCGUUUAUCGGAAUGCAAAAAACAGCAUGAUAUCGAUGCAUUUUAAUGUAACCGCAGCGUGUUCGCUUCGGUGAUCCUGGUUACGGAGAAAUGUAAGUGAAAUAUUUCAGCCGUAUUGCCGUACCAGAGUAAUUACCGCAGCGAUGAUUCAUCGCUUGUCUAUCGAGUAAAAAAUAUAAUAGCGAUACUCCGCGGCCAGACUAAAUGACAAAUGUACUGAACAUGGAUGUCUUUUAAAAGCAUCUCAACACUAAUGAAGCAUUUUUUCAUAACUGUGUAUAUCUAUAAAUGUAUGUUUGAAUGAAUGAAUAACUUCGAUAUAUUUUAUAAUAUUUCCGUUGUCCUGUGUAGGUACAAUGGAUAUCUUCGUAAUAUUUACUAAUAAUGAGUGUGGUCAUGUGUUAUGUAAGUGUUCUUUUCUAUAAUGAUCUCUUGUUUACUUACAAUUUAACUGAAAUAAGGUAAGAGUCGUGGAACGAUGCUGAGAUGCUCAGAUGGAAACGCCAAUUGAUUAAUUUUAAGUAAAGUAUAAGUGCUUGAUUUAUCGGUAAGGAUCGUUUUAAAAAAUAUACUAUUAAAUACGUCUAUACCAUUGAAAAUUGAUAUUAUUAAAACUUGGAUACGUCUCAACGUAUAUUUUUGUAUAUUCGGAGUCGAUGCGUAAGGAAUUGGCACAAAUAAAAUUUUAAGAGUAAAUAAGAUAAUUCUGACUAAAGUUAAGAUGAAAAAGUUCCAUUUUGUAACGAUUUUAAAAUAUUGAGGAAAAGCUAUUAAUUUUUGUAACGAUAGUGAGCGUUGUAUUGUCUUUAUUGUAAAGUUGAGGAAAGCGAGAAGUUAGCUGUAAGGUUGUUUCAGAAAAUUGUAAUAAAACUGGAGAGGCGAAAAAAUAAAACAUGUUAUAUUUUAUACGGAUCCUGAUAUUGUACGCCACUUGGGCGGACUUUGUGUUACUUUACGAAAAUAGGUGUAAGUUUGCUCUUUAAAAGAGUUUUUGAGGUAGUAGGUUUAGUAGGCUUAGUGUUUUUUAUACUGGCUUGAUGUUGUGACAUUUAUUAUUAAUAUAUGAUAUCGAUAAAACGCAGUACUACCGAACAAGCAGCCAACACUGAUCAAUAGCAGAAUGUGUAGUGGGUACUGACUUGGGAUGCAUUAUGUUGUUUUCGUUUACGUGGGCGACGAGCGGGCAGCAUCCCUGCAGUUGUGAUCAUUACCAAAGUGUUGCUGUUCGCAAGCAUAUCAUUUUAAUACGACGCUAGAUACAUUUUUCGGUACAAAAAUCUUAGCAAAGUUUUAAUUCUAUUCGAUUUAUGAUAUAUUGUUAGACAAUUCUGUGUUGUUGGUUCUGUAGCGGAGGGCUCGUGGAUCGCGCGAUCUCCUCGAAAGCCGAUUCUAGUCGGUACCGUCGGCUUCACUAUCCAACCCGCCCGCGGUUCAUACUGUCGCGAGUCCCCUCACAGACCGACGAUCAUCCUGAAUUAUUUCAGUUAUUUAGCAGAAUUAUAUUAUUGUCUAGUAUUCCGAUUAUGUUACGUUUUAUAUUGCUUAUAUUAUAUAUUAUUGAUACAAUGUUUAUUAAGUAUUUAAUAUUCAUUUUGAUGAGGACCUAGUCGAUUCUCUAUAUAUCACAUCUCCCAAAGUACAAAUUCCUUGUUGUUUAGUCCAAUUUUGUUUGACUGUUAUUGAAUGGAAAUUAUUUUAGCGAGCGUUCGUUGGCAGUGCGUUGUCGACAGUGUCGGCACGCGGGGCGCGGCCGGCGUCUCCUCAUUUUCUAUUGAACCCUGCCUGCAUCUUGUUCGUUCGUACCAAUACUGUAUUGGCAACUCAACGGCUUGUCAGACAUUUAAAUAUAGCCGGCGGAGGGCGUAAAUGUUGAGUAAACAUUGAAAAAAAAAAACUAGUUGAAAUAAAUCCAUAUUACAUAAAAUCGUUUAUUUACUUUGCCGAUUUAGGCACGUUAUUACAAUUUAUGUUUAGCAGCUUUUAACUUAAGUUAGAAUAAUUUUAAUAAUUUACCUUUUUUAGUUAUUUAAUGCACAAUGAAUAACCCAAUAAGUUACUUUUUCAUUUCUACUAAUUGUACUGUAGACCAGUUUUCAUAGACUGUUCGAUUGUCAACUUCUUUUUUUAUUACCAUUGUUUUUAAUUAUACGUAAUCGCCUACUACACAUUAUCGAUUGGAAAGCUGAUUUAGCUAUGAAAUAUUCAAAUGACACUAUACCUACGAUAAAUACAAUGAAACCUUUAUAAAAAUAAAAUCUAUAAAAAAUAUAA